CCAACUCUGCUCCCUCCACUGAAAAUGGAUUAAUGCAGAAGUGCAGAGAUGCAAGUGCGUAUUUAAUGCAGCUAGUGAGUGAAUGGAAGCCUAAUAUUUUAUUAAUAGGCAUUAAGAAGCUGUAGGAGCACUUGGUUCUCCUGCUGAAACAAUUUCUGCUUUUCAUAUGCAGCAAGUUCACUGUAAGCUUGAUACAGAAUGCUUGCGUCUAGCUGGUUGUAAGAAGAACUAAGAAAGAAAAGGAUUUGGCGCAUACCCCCUGAUAUCUGACAAAAUCUGAAUGUUUUUUUAGCCCUUUUCCUGUUUGCUAAAACUUCCCCCAAAUUUUACUUGGAUAACGUCAUUUUUCUUUAUGUAUGUGUAGUUAUAAGAUGAGAAGGCCUGGUGCGAGAUGCAGGGAAGGACAUGCACAUUUCAACGGGAACCACAUAGAUGGGCAAUAUAAGAAUUUCUUCAAGGUUAUGAUUGGUCGCUUUCGUGAGAGAAUGAUCAUACCAAACGAAUUUCUUCAAUAUUUCAGGGGUAAAAUACCAAGAACUAUAAAGCUGCAAUUACGCGAUGGUUGCACUUAUGAUGUUCAAGUCACUAAGAAUUUGGGCAAAAUAUCCCUUCAAUCAGGAUGGAAGGCAUUUGUGACUGCUCAUGACUUGCAAAUGGGAGAUUUUCUAGUAUUCAGUUAUGAUGGGAUCUCCAAAUUGAAGGUUCUGAUCUUUGGUCCAAGUGGCUGUGAGAAAGUGCAUUCACGCUCUACAUUAAAAAAUGCUACACAUUGUGGUGAGAAGUGGGAAGAACCCCUGCACAUUUCAAGCAAUUCGCAUGAUCUUCCUGUGAAAUCACCACAAAAUGUAAGCAAAUCUGAGAAACAAUGGGAUAGCUCAGAACAAGAAAACGACACCGCGAAUAUCGAAGAAGUUGCAUUGCAAGGAGAUGAUCUCCAAGGGCAUCCGGUUCUGAAUUGCAUCCUCCCAAAGCACACCCGCCUUACAGAUAUGCAGAAGCAGCAGCUGGAAAGCAAAGUUGGAGCUAUUCAUUCUGAAAUCCCCAUCUAUGGGUGCAUCCUUAGGAAGAGUCGCGUCCACGGAAAAUCUCAAACCGUAGACAUAUGUCGAGAAUAUGCAGAUGUAUAUCUUCCAUUCAAGGAGUUAAACAUGACGCUUCAACGUCAUGGCAAAAAUUGGGAGGUGCUAUGUCGCACUAAGGAUACAAGAACCAAAAGGCUCUCGACAGGGUGGAGUCGGUUUGCACAGGAAAACAAUUUGCAGGUGGGAGAUAUCUGCCUCUUUGAGCUACUGAAGAAGAAGGAAUACUCGAUGAAUGUUCAUAUCAUUCCCAAAAAAUGAACAAGAGAAGUUCUUGUGCGAAUGGAUGGAGUAAUAAUGGUGCUGGGUUUUGGAAUGGUCUAAUUGUGCCUUUUGCGGUUGAUAAGCUUCUAGAUUUCUCUGUUGAUACACUUUUAUAUAUAAGUGAUGACUACCUGUCAGUUAUAAUUCAUAAUGAGUCUAUGGGCUUGUUUGGUGUAGUACCCUACCAAAGUAUUGGUAGUGUCAAAACUUAAGGUAUGUUUUGGCAUUACCAAUAUUUUGGUAUGGUAGCAUUUUAGGUGAAUGGAUUUGGAUUGAUACCAAUUGGAAGCUAAGUUUUAUAUUAUAGUCAAGAAAGUUCUAGAAUUAUGCCAAAUUAAUCAUAGGCAUUACCAUUCACUUGGCUUCAAACCAAACCAUUACAUUCACUAUUCAAACUACUAAACAAAUUGGUAGGGCACAUUUUGGCAUCAAUCCAAAAUAGCCCUAUAUCCAUCACCUGAUUGGUUUGUUUUCUACAGUAUUGUGGUACAUUCUGGAUUUGAUAGCAAGUUCGUGCGAAGCUCAAUCGAGCUCAUUUGAACGAGCACAAGUUGUUGUCACUUUUGGAUUUAAUUUUACAAAAUUGAUGGAUGUAUACCUCUCUCUAGUAUUGUUUGUACCAUGUGAAGUGCAACAAAAAUAAGAGAGAGACCACCUCAAAACACUAGUGUAUGUCUAUGUUUGGGAGAGACAUGGGGGAUGAGAAGGUAAAAAAAUAAAAUAAAAAAAACAGAGGUUGUCAUCCAAAAGCGACGAAGCGAAUGAGUGGGCUGCCAUUGCGGCGAGGUUGCUCACCGGUGUCACCGGAGCGGGCUGAAAUCGAGGAAGGAGGCGACCUUGCGCCGCCGCCGCCAAAGUUUCUUCUUCCUCCGAUCUCCUUCUCCGGCGGCUGUCAUCUGGGUGCGGCGAGCGGGAGGAGUGUGAAGCCGGAGAGCUUCAUCGAGGGAGAUGCAUGGCGGGAGCCUCAUCAGUUGCCCAUAUUCCCUAA